AUGCGCACGGCCUGGCAGGAGGCCACCGAGGAGCAGGCGCGACACCACCACGUUCUCUCCCUCGCCUUUCUGUUAGUCGUGGUGUGCUUCCUCAUGGUGUGGUGCUUGGACAUCUCUUCUCAGAGCGUAAUGAAUCGCGUCUUCACGAGUCCGCAGGCACGUUGGUAUCACACGCCGUCGAGCACAGCCUCUCCCUCCGCUGUAAACACCGUGGAAGGCAACCUGGACGGUGUCGCGGCGGAUGCGAAGAACAGCGUGAAGGAGUUUUUUGCCCUGGCAGGCAAUUUCAUGUCCCCACAACCGCAGCGCUACACGCGGGACGAGGUCGCACAGCAUCGCACCGCCGACGACUUGUGGAUAGUGAUCGACGGCAACGUGCUGGACGUGAGUUUGUUUAUCCAUCAGCACCCCGGCGGCCUGGUGCUGCUGGACGGUGCGGGUGGGCAGGACAUGGCGACGGUGUUCGCCCGCUUCCACCACCCGUCGUCGGUGCGUCUCUUCGCCAACUUUUGCAUCGGCCACGUGGUCGGAGCGUAG